ACGUGCAACCAAUGCCACUCAAGAGACUCCUUGACUUGCCGGCCAAAGCGAGGCUGAGCUCCACGAAGACAUAUCUCUGGUCUCCACGCCACGGUUUCCGCAUCCGCAUUCUGGACUGCCCACAUGGUCCUGUGUCUACACAUCUGACAUGACGAUGUGUCCAUACAUGAAGUCUUACUUUGUGUUUGCUCUCUUGAUUCCAGGUUUUGCUGGACAGAUGAUACCACGUCUGGUUAAUGGGACGGCGUGGUCUGGACGUUUAGAAGUUUUUGACAACGGAAAAUGGAAAACAAUUUGCAAACCCUGUUUUGAUAACAGCGACCUGAUGGUUGUCUGCAGAGAUCUUGGUUUCAGCAGCGAGAGAGCAGUCAGUGUGAGAUCAGACCUGUACGGAGAAGGUUCGGGCUCAAUUCUGCGAACUGAGUUGUCCUGCACAGGGUAUGAACUGAGACUGUCAGACUGUGAACGCGGUGGUGUUCACCACUGUGAACACUGGAUGGAUGUAGGCGUCAUCUGUGAUUCCCCUGGAGAGAUGACACCUCGUUUAGUGAAUGGAGCUCACUGGUCUGGACGUUUAGAGGUUCUGGAAGUCGGAGUAUGGAACACAGUGUGUGACCGUGAAUUCGGAAACAACGAAGCGCAGGUGGUCUGCAGGAUGCUUGGUUUGAACAGUCCUGGGGCCGUAAGUGUGACUUCAGACCUGUUCGGUGAGGGUUCAGGUAGCAUCCUGUCGAAGAGGUUAAAGUGCACAGGUACAGAAUCCAAACUGUCAGAGUGCCAAGGGAGCGGGACCAUCACCGACAGCUGCAAUCACUCAAUGGACGUCGGUGUAAUAUGUAACAUUCCUGGCCAGCUAACAGCUCGUCUCGUGGGAGGUAACACGUCUUCAGGUCGGUUGGAGGUUUUGAAUAACGGAACUUGGGGAGCAAUGUGCGACGAAGAUUUCGGUCUACAGGAGACACAGGUAGCCUGCAGGAUGCUUGGCUUCGACAGCAAUGUGACAUCACUUACCCAUGACAACAGCUCAGGAACAGUUUUCUAUGGUAACGUCACAUGUAACGGCACAGAGGCAAGUCUGACCGACUGCCAACAUGGCGGCUUCUCCCCUCGGGACUGUCAACAGUCUCGGGCCGUCAGCAUCUCCUGUAAUGUUCCUCCGGAAUUAACACUACGCUUAGUGAAUGGAAAUCCCUGGUCAGGCCGCCUGGAAAUUUUCUACCACGGAAAAUGGCGAUCCAUGUGUGACGGAAGCUUUGGGCCGAAAGAGGCACAGGUGGUCUGCAGGAUGUUUGCCUUUGACAGUCCUGGGGCUGUCCGUGUCUAUUCAGUUACAUACGGCAGAGGGUCUGGAACACUUCGUCUGGCUAAUGUCAGGUGCGCAGGCUCUGAGACUAGUCUACUGCAAUGUACACACAAUGGACUCCGGGAUGAAGACUGUGGACACACUGACGACAUCGCUGUUAUCUGCAACAUUCGUGAACACUUCACACCUCGGUUAACAGCCGGAAACACGUGGUCAGGUCGUCUUGAGAUCUUGUACAGCGGAACAUGGAGCUCAGUGUGCGACACGAGCUUCGGAUACAAGGAGGCGAGGGUUGGCUGUAGGAUGCUGGGCUUCGACAGCCCUGACAUAUUCGCCGUGAAUUCAUUUGUAUUCGGAGAUCGUGACAGCACCGUCCUGUUCGGUGACCUGGACUGCCAAGGAACAGAAACUAGUCUGGUUCAGUGUAACUAUAGCAGUCUAUACAAUCACAGGUGCGGUGCUGGCAGGGACAUCGGACUCAUAUGCAAAGCCCGUACAAACUGGCGAUUUUCGUCUGGCUGGUAGUCAUGGCAACACAUUAUGGCGUGGGUCGUGUUGAGAUGCGACUGGAAAGUGAGUGGUAUUCACUGUGCAGCACAAGCUUCAUCAAUGACGAUGCUAAAGUCAUUUGCAGACAUUUUGGUUUUAAUUCAAGCACAGCAACAACUGCUGAUGUGUCAUUAUUUGGUGCUACACAAGGACUCGUCGUGAUGGUUGAUUUUAACUGCUCAGGGAACAAAGCCAACAUGUUUGCUUGCCUACAAAAAGUUGAAAACAUCCCAGUCCUGUGUGAUGCACAAGAAUUUGGGGUCAUCUGUGGCGACUAUCCACCAUCUAUUCUGAGACUCACUCUGAAUGGGGAAGACACACCAUCAGUGACUGUAACUGAGAACUCCAGCGUGUACAUGAUAUGCGAGGCACAUGGGAGACCUACUCCCAGGAUGCUCCUCGUCAAUGGCGCUAACAAUCUUGUUUUGAAAGAGCGCCCUCUGGACGAAUUGUCGUCGAUGGGAGGACGAGGAAUAGUGGUGAUGAUGUUUAAAGAUGUUCAAUGUGAAGAUUCGGCCGACUAUAGAUGUGAAGUGGACAACGGUGUGGGACUAAGCAACAUCCGGCUUCUUGUGCCGUGUGCUCCCAAAAUAAAACGAUUUUGACGGACGAUUGCCGUUUAUGAAAAUUCAGAAUCAUCAAGGCAAUCUCACAUUUGAAAUGACAGGAUAUCCUACUCCACAGAUACAAAGCAAGGUAAGGCACGGAUCAACCGUCAACAACAGUCAUGAACGCUCAUCGGUUGACGACAGAAUUCACGUGUCAUGUGCUGCACGGCAGUUUGCACCUGCCUCUGUCACCUGCAACAUAACAACAGUUAAUGUGAUUAAAUUGAUCAAAGCCUUUACCAGAUUGACUUCAAAAACAGCCUUGGAGAGACUUCAUUUAAUUUUUCACUUAAACGUAAAGGUAAGUACAGGUGAAGCAUAAAAAAGAUAAGAGAAAUAUUACUUAUGUUCACUGCGUUACAGUGCACACUACUCAGAUCUCACUACACAUCCAUGGCACAUAAGCUCAUGAUCAUGGUUGAUGCUUCUUUACUUGCCGCCGACCGUCCACUUUUCGCUACCGCCAGGCAGUAGCGCCAGGUACUAGAGAAGGGAAGUAAUCCACGAAUUGCUGAAAUGCGAAGGGUGAGACGAGUUGUCUGUGCCCUUAGGUGUGCGUCUGAUCUGAGGUUGUAGGCACGGUCGUGACAAAAGUCAAACCUGUGCAGCCAGCAUUCUGCCGACAUUUUGGUAAGUACUGUCACCUUGAAUAGAUGUAAGAAGAGAUUCAGAUAUUCCUUAUGUUGCUAAUAGUAAACAGCUGUUAAAGUUCUGCCAUCUUUAAUAUAUAUAUACAAAGAAGCCUGCUUGUGAUAAUAAUAUACAUUCUGUUGACAUAUUUAAAAAAAUCUGUAUAAAUAUUUUUCACUGGAUAAAAAAAAUUAAACGCAACGUUGAUCACGAAAGUUUUCGUUUUGAACUUCAGUUUGAUUUAUCAAUAACAAUUUUAUUACUUAAACGUGUUUUCUUAGACAUUUUUAUUGUCUGUGCGUGAUAUUUCGGAAUGUUCGGAAUUUUAAAAUUAAGUUCUCCGAUAAACUCUGCUUAGAUAAAAUCCGAAACAGAGCUGCCACGGCUAACGAACUUUUCGAGACAGUUCUGCUUAAAUUUUUAUUAAAGGUAAAUUUGCUACUCAUGUUUUUUCUCUCCCCAAAAGAGUACUGCAUCAUGGGUUAUUAAGAAAUAAGGUAUAAAUGAAAUAUCGAAGGAUUUGCCAAUUUUUGAAGAAGUUUCUGAACUAUUAUAUGUGAAUAAUGCUAGUACAUAAUACAUUAUUUCAACUAAAUUACCAAUGACUGAUUUAGCAUAAUGGGAAGGAUGUUUAAUGUUUAGACUGCCACACACGCACACACAAAGACACAAACAGAAGGUAGACACACGCGCACACAUGUAGGUUCAAAUGUUCAUUCUAUUCAUUAUCGAUGACUCAACGAUUUAAGUGUUUUAUUUAUUACAGAAUCAUGCGUAUGGAGAGCGGUGUUAAAAAGAGAAUUUUCCGCUAUCACUUCAUCUAUACCAGUUUAGACGAUAAUAAAAUGAAGUCCUUUCAA